GUCCUUAUUAGAUUACCACACGCACUCAAUUCGUUGCAUACUUGCAUCCCAUUCUCAGCUUCUCUCUCUCCUCUCUCUCUCUCUCUCUCUAGAACGGCAGAAGAGAGAGAAAAAAACAGAAAGUGAGAUUUCAAAUUCGAAAAGAGAAAAAAUAGUCAUAGCCAUCGUUAUUGGACUCUCUUGAACUCCAUUGCAAGUUGUGAGUCUUGUGACCCCCCUUUUCUUUUGUUGUCCCACACUUUUUUUUUUUUUUUUCUGUGUCUUUUGAGUUCCACUUUUCGCUUCUCGAAUUCACGGCUUCUUUUAGAAUUUCCCAACAUCUUUGUACCUACUGAUCUCCUUCUCCUCCUCCUUCUUCUUCAGCUUUGUCUUUGUCCUCUUUAUUGUUCGUUCUGCAACAAACGCACAAUGAAGGCUUUGGAUUGGUUUCUGAAAAAUCUCGUUUUGAGGCGGCUUUUUGCCUUUCAUUAAUUGAAUAAUUGAAGCGAAAUCCCAAACUGGGCUUUCGAUAUUUUCGAGCUUUCUUCUCAUUUGCUAAGCAAAAUACGUUUACAUCCAAAAAUCAGACAUUUUUCAACUCUGAGAUUUUGCGUCCGACAAAAGAAAACACGUUAUUCUGGGUCUCACAAAGAAGGGCGCGUUUUCCGAUGGGUUGCGCAGGCUCAAAGCAAAAGCGGUGCAAGCACUGCCAAGCUCCAUAUUCUCCGAUGAUGCCGAGAAGCUACUCAAUGCACGUUCACCACCCUCCUCAGAACAAAAACGACACCUACCAUUUGGUCGCUCUCACUUCCUCAACUCUCGGCUCUCUCAAGCUUGAUUCCGUCCAUCAGAUCAACGACGCUAAUGGGUUUGAAGACGACAAGAAGAAGGAGUUUUCGGUUGGGCUAAUUGAGGCCAAGACUUGGUCUAACAUGAUCAACGACAAAAUUCCAAAAGUUGUGCCUAAAACGCCCGUCAGAACGCCACCGGGAGAACCAGAGAUGAUCAACGCGUGGGAAUUAAUGGAGGGUCUUGAAGAUAUAAGCCCUUUUCGGUCUCCGGUUCAUGUCAGAAGCUUUUCCUUUGAUGUCGUUCGAGAUCCGAAUCCAUUGCCGGUUUCUGAUCGCCCGAAAUCCAGGUUCCAAGAAAACGACACCAGUGCUAAUUCCCCAAAAGCAAUGUGGCUUCAAACGGCGGAUAGUUCGAAUCCUCCGGUCACAGAAUUUGAUCCGGAAGUCAUCUCCUCGUUCAGGAAAUCCCUUGAAGAACAAGCGAUGGAUGCGAAGACCGCGACAAACGACGACGAUCUCGUGUUUGCAGAUCACAAAUGCAAGGAAAAGGAGGAGCUAAUUCUGUACUUCACGAGCCUGCGGGGUGUUCGGAAGACAUACGAGGAUUGCUGCGAUGUGAGGGUCAUCCUAAAAGGGCUCGGCAUAAGGGUCGAUGAGCGGGACGUUUCGAUGCAUUCGGGGUUCAAGGAGGAGCUGAAAGAGCUGUUGAAAGACGGGUUUUAUGGCGGCGGAUUGCCGAGGGUGUUUGUGGGGAAUAACUACAUCGGAGGGACCGAGGAGAUUCGGAAAUUGCACGAGGACGGCCAGCUCGAGAAGAUGCUCGAAUGUUGCGAAAAGGUCGAUGAGGGGGCUUGUGAGGCUUGUGGGGAUGUGAGGUUUGUGCCUUGUGAGACAUGCUCGGGAAGUUGCAAAAUAUAUUAUGAUGAAGAAGGAGAAGAAGAAGCUGAUGAGGAAGAUUAUGGAUUCCAACGUUGUCCUGAUUGUAAUGAGAAUGGUCUAAUUCGAUGUCCAAUAUGUUGCCAUUAGAUUUUCUUCUCUGGCAUUGUUAACAACACAACAAACAAGGUGACAUUUCUUCCAUUUUUGUGCUUUUUCUCUUUUUCUUUUUCUUUUUUUUUUGGGGGUUUUGGUGAGUUGUUUGUUUUGUACAGUUUUUACUAGAGGGUUUUUUUUUUUUUUUGGAAUCUUUGGAAAAGAUCAAUAAGGGGAAGAAACAAAAGAAAGCUGCAAUAGGAAGUGAAUAAUGUUGUUCCAAAACAGGUUCACUUGACCUCCAAGUGUGUCAUAAAGGCUGUAUAAUUUUCUUUGCAGAAAAAACAGAGAGAACAAAGGCUUGUCAUUGUAUACUUUUUUUUUUUCCCGGGAAAUUUGAGAACGUAUAUGACAUGGACAUUAGUAACAUUUCUUCUUCCUUUUUAGUUUUCUUUAGUACCAUAUGUCCAUAUCCUUCUUUACAAGCUGUACUAUAUAAUAUA